AUGUCCUCCGUGUGCCCGUUCAGCCCUCUGACGGUCGCGCUGCUAGUGCUGCUGGUGCCGCUCGGGGUCGACGUGGCAAAGGAGGCCCCAGGGUUGCUGGCGCGCCCCCAAUCCAGUGCCAAGGCGAUCGGAAAGCAGCAGGCGCAGGCCUUUGCGGCGAUGUCUGAAGAGCACUACGCCACAGCUUGUACCCUGCUCACGGCAGCGCAGCGUGCUCAAGUGGCGCACGAGCGUGCACAACAGUCGGGUGACCCACGCGCCGUGUCUCGAGCCGCUCAGGAGGAACAUGGGCAACUCAAGUCAAAGUUGGGGGCUUUGGGCGCCAUGCUCGAGAAGGCAGCGCACAUCCUCAAGACGCAGCUCCAGCGGGUGGUCGAGCUCAGGUUGCAGCAGAAGUCGCUGCUCGACCAGGAGAGACUCGCGGCCGAGAAGUCACAUCAGGCGUGGACUCAGAUCGCGGGUGCAAGGUCGGAAGCGGCGGCCACUGAGGACACGCCUGAGAAGUUGCUCUUCCAACGGUUCGACGCGCUCGACCCCCGCCCGCCGCGCAGUUCAACAUGCUGCUCACAGCCAAGGCUCAGGCUGAGAGCCAGCGGGCAGCUCAACGUGCCGCGUCUGCUCCCCCCCAUCCGCGCUGCUCCAGCGCCUGAUGACGGCGGUCGCGAGCUGCCUGUGGGGGAGUGUGAGGAGAUGCCCGGCGGCGACGACAGCUUCGAUGCCUCGUGGGCUGACGCCGACAAUAUGCAGCAGGCUGCGCUCGCUACCCUGGGCGACGCCGACAUGGCCAAGGACGUCGCCGCGGCGAACGGUGUCCAGCAGGAGCAGGUCGCGAACAUCAUCGACGGCGUGGUGGCGACUGCGGCCAGCGCCUCCGCGCCUGAGGCCAGGCGCGAUGGCUCUCGCUCUCCUCGUUUGGCAGAGCGCGAGCGCAGGCCGUCCAUUUAG